AUGGCAUCCUUAGACAACGACUUGUUCGAGGCAGUGGCAUCCGAAGAUGUUGGAAAGCUGGGAUUGGUGUUCAUGAGCUUGCCCCCUGGCCAAAUCGAAGUAAAGUCGGUAUCCUCGGGGAGCUGGGCCGCAGAACAAGACAUCUUGCCAGGAGAUCUUCUCGUGCAGGCACAGGGCAGGGACCUGGAGAACAUAUCUGCUGAUGCUUUUCGCGACAUGACGCAGCAGCGCCCUCUCGCUCUGGUCUUUUGGGCGAGUGACGCCGAUGUGCAGGCGAAGCGACUUGCGCGGCUUGCAGCUGAGGCCAAGGCCCAGCAAGCCGCCAAGGCAGCCGCCAAGGCAGCCGCCAAGGCAGCCGCUGCGGCCGCUGCCGCCAAAGCGGCUGCACCGGCCGGGCCGCCGCAACGGGAGCCUGCGCAGCCAAAGCGCGAGCACCCCAAGCCUGAGCCCCCUAAGAAGCCCGAGCCUGCCCAGCCCGAGCCGCCCAAGCCCGAGCCCAAGCCCGAGCCCAAGCCCGAGCCGAAGCCGGAGCCGAAGGCGGAGGCGAAGCCCCAAGACUCAAAGGCAAAGGUCGAAGCAGUCGAUGCUCGGGCGGCUCCGGCUCAGGCGGCUCCGGCGGCUCAGGCUCCAUCUGAGAUUCGACAAACAAAAGGCCCUUCUCCUCAACCAAUCCCCGUGGAGAAGAGCCGCGAGCAUGUGAAUCAGACGCAAGCAGCCGACGCAGCACCAGCAUCUUCCUCAGACCGACCAUCAGCACAGGCCAAGCCUCCACCCACGGGCCCUGCAGCCGCACCUGCUGCAACCCCUGCUGCAACCCCUGCUGCAGACCCUGCUGCACCUACUGCUGCACCUACUGCUGCACCCGCUGCUGAACCCACUGCUCCUUCGGUUGCUCCUCCUCCUCCAGCACCCGCAGCUGGGCCUGCUCCCGAGCCUACCAUUCUGAGCCGCGAAGUGGAACCGCCUGCUCAAAACACAAAGGUCCUUUCAGGGAGUGCAGUUGCGGAAGUGAAAGAUACACUUGGACCCUCUCCGGUACCAGGAAGCGCUCCAAAAGCUCCAAAAGCUCCAGCAAGCAAUGUGCAAAAUGUGCAAGAGCCCCGCAGGCCGUCUCUGGAGCUCGAACCACCUGAGCUGGCGAGGCUUGAGGCCAAACAUCCACCUCCCCAGAAGGUGCAUGCCGAGUCAGCUCGGCCUGGCAACUCUCUGCCUUUGAGAAGUGCUCCGAUGCCCGCACCAGCACCAGCCCCGACUCCCACACCCGCAUCGACGUCCACCCUUGCGGCUACAACUCCGGCGGAGCCCGGUCGCCGAUUGCUCGAAGAAGAUCUAGCAGCAACUCGGGCAGAGCUUCGAUUGGCGCAAACAGAGCGAGCGGAGUUGCAGGAUGAGGCUUCAAGUGCUCGUGGCAUCAUCAAGCGGUUGAGGAGUGAGCUGGCAGAGGCCCGAACUCGGAGUCGCAAAGAGGGUCUUCAACAAGACGUUGGUGGGACGGAUGGUGCAGAGAGUGAGGGCAACUUGGGCAGCUUGCAGCAGCUCCGGGAGGAGCUGGAUGAGGCUCGACGUGAGCUCGCGGCUGCCAGGAAGUUUGGCCCUGGCAAAGACUCGGCUCAAAAGGAGCAGCUGCUCAAAACGGAGAUUGAAGAGAUGGAGGCCACCAUGAAGAAGGUCAAGGCAGAUCUCCAGAGGUCGCAGCAGGCAGUGCGGAAUUGCGAAUCGGAGAUGAUGAGUGAAGCAAGCGGCGCGGGAAGCGUGCCGGCUCUACGCAUGGAGCAAGCCGUCGUCCGCGGCUUGCAGCGGCAGCUGGUGGAGGGGACUGUCACUGCUUCCCAGAAAGCAAGCCAGAGUCAGGAGAGUGAGAUGGACAGUGUGCGAACUGAGCUUCGAAUCGAACAAGCCGCCAUGCGUUCCUUCCAGCGGACGGCUGGAGGUGAUAUAGAGGCGACGGUGCAGCAAGCAGUCCAGCAACGGGAAGACCUGAAGCAGUCCUUGAUGAGAGCUGAGAAUGCUGCAGUCCGCGGCUUGCGCAGACGUCACGAUGAGGCGAGGCGCAUGACCCUCCAAUUGGAGGACCCACUUGUGCAAGAAGCAAAUGCAAUACGCAGCGCUAUUCCACAGCAAGAAGAGAUGGAGGAGUUCCUGUCUGGUCGGCUGCGGGAGUUGGAAGAGGCAACCGCUGCCAUGGUGGAGGGUAGCGAGGGCAGAGAUGCUUUCCAGCUUGUGGCAAAGGCUCAGGGUUUCGAAGCAGCGGAAGCCACAGCUGCCAGAGCUCUCGCGGAGGAGGCGAGUGCACUUGCACAGGCAGAAGAAAUGCAGAAGGACCUGCGCAACUCCGACCUCUACUCUGUGCGUGUGGAGCUACACAAAGAGCGAACUCUGCGCCUGAAGGCCGUUGAUGAACACAAGGAGUUGGCGCAGAUCCUCUCAGGCAUGUCUGUGCCGCCGGCAACACUCACCCCCAUGCCGGGAAAGGUGGCCCAGGUGCCCGGCGCUCCCGGUGCUCCCGGUGCUCCCGGUGCUCCCGGUGCUCCCGGUGCUCCCGGUGUGCCAGGACGCUCUCCUGACCCUCUGCCUGAACCUCAGACUGUCGACAGGACCCCUGAGGCUCCGCAGGAUGUACGGCUGACAGCCACGCUGGGCACCGAGACUUUGCAGUUGAGCAUGGAGAGCCGCAGCGAAGAAAUGGACCCCAUGCUGGAGGUGCCGCUAAGACCAAGCGAAACUCAGCCCGACCUCCGGCAGAUUACGGACGACCUUGACAAGGUUCAGAUAGCCUUGCUCUCCAUCAGCAGCGACUGGACUGGUGAAAGCAUGGUGCCGAAGCUGCGCACCGCACCGCUUCGUGGCCUUGAGGAGUCCCAGGAGUCCCAGGAGGCCCGGGAGGCCCAGCUCCCAGAGCGGAGAUGGGCAGGCCAGGCAAGCCAGUUCCCAGACAGGGAGUCCAUGGAGGAGGAAGUUCAGCAGUUGGAAGCCAAGGUCCACAUGCAGAAUGAGAAGCUGGGGACCUUUCAGGAGGUCUUGGACUCAACGGAAAUCCUCGGUGAAGCUGCCCUGCAAAGUGAGCUCCAAGUGCAACGGUUGGAGGAAGAGCUCAUUGGCGUGCGCCAUGCCUUCCAACUGCAAGGCGAGGAGCUAGCCUGGGUUUCGGAGGCAGCGCUCCGUGACGAAACCAGAUCUGAGAGUGCAACAAGUGAGAAGCAUGCGAGUACUUCGAGUACCAAGCUGAGCAAGCUGGCAGCCGCAGAGAAACGGUCUGCGCGGAGUUCCUCACCGACUGUCGGAGCAGUAGAGUGGGCACCUGGACGAGCUGGACGAACAUUGACUCCGACCUCCAGACCAUUGCCCCCACGUAGUCCCACCAUCUCGGUGUCAUCGGUUGCACAGGGCUCCGCGCGACCACCGAGAUCCCCGCCUGCAGUGACGAGCCGUUCCAACUCGCCCUUGCCCUCGCCUUCCUUUGGGCUUCCAGGCCUUGACUUGUUCGCAGAUGCCCCGCUUCCGAGUCCGCCGAUGCCAGUCCAGGAAGCUGAGGCGACUGAAGCGGUGCUUUCAAGACGUGCAAGCCCACAAUUCUCGGUCAGCUCCAUCGAGCCAGAUCCGACAGAUCCUUCCCGCACUUCACUUUCCCGACCUUCACGAGAACUCGAAGGUCUCACAGGACUCGAGGAGCUUGAGGCUUCCGUUUCGCAGCUGGAGGCGAAGAACGCAGAGCUCGAGCAGUCCGUCUCACACGCAGAGCUGGCACUGCAGGAGGCUCUGCAGAAGGCCGAGGCGGCCGAGGCGGCGGAGGCGGCCGAGGCGUCGAAACGCCAGUCUUUAGGAACUGCACUGGAGCCAGCCAAGGCAGCCAAGGAGCCGCAGAGGAUGCAGAGAGCAUCAUCCCCAGGCCCCGAUAGGACGAGCGAGCUGCAUGCAGAGAUCAUGGCGCAGAUGCAAGAAGAGGAGAAGCGCUGGCGCAAGCGCCUGCAGGUCGAGCGACGCAAGGCGGCGGCAGCAGCCUUGCGAGCGGUUGCACAGGAGGCCUCGGAGGCCACGGAGGCCUCGGAGGCCUCGGAGGCCUCGGAAGCUGAGCUGAGACGGGAACUGCAUAUGUUGCAGCGUGCCGUCGAUCGGGCUCACCAGGAGGCGGCCCAACCAGCACCACCGCUUGAGUCGCUGGCGGCGUGCGAGGACGUCGAGGAGCUUUCAAACGCCGCUCCAGCGGUGGAUGAGGCAACUGGACAUUACUCCAAAGAGGAGGAAGGCAAGUCGACGACCGUGUUGACCAAAGAUUGUGCUGUACAAGCUUUGGAGUCCAAUAGCACUUCGGACUUAGAGGAGGUCAUGCAGCUGAAGCAGGAAGCAGCAGAGCUGCCUCGGCUUCGGUCCUUGCUAGAAGCAGCAGAGAAGAGGCUGUCAAAAGCAGAUGAGUCGUAUGCCGAGUUGGAGAAGAUACGGAGCUCCCUUCGAGAUGAGAAGCACAUGGCGAUUGCCGUCCAAGGUGCCAGGGACACGGAGGACAUGUUGCGCUCUGCCUUGGCUGCUGAAACUACUUGUCAGCUAAUGGCGGAGUCGGAAGCCGAACGUGCAAAGGCAGCAUCUGACCAAGCUCGAGACGAAGCUCGAGAGAUGUUGCAAGAUCUCGUGGAUGCUGGCCGCAAUGAGUUGUUGGCCCUGCGUGCCUGGAUGGAAGAAGAAGCUGCGGACUCUUCUGGCAGACUGGGAGAAGCUCAGCAAGCUCUGCAUUUGGCUGGGGAGGGCGAGGAAGCCCUGGUAAAGCUGGGAGAGGAGGAGGUCUCAGCUGCUGAAGCACGUGCAGAGCUCUUCCACGAAAAAGAAGCGAGGGCCCUUGAGCUGCAAGCAGCGAGCUGGUUUUACUUUGCGGAGACCGAAGGGUGGUCCGCAGGCGAGGCUUCCGAAGCUCAUUCCGAAGCCCAACUGAUGAUGCAAAGCCGUCGAGAAGAGGUACAGCUCCUGGACCAGCGUGACGCCUCGAUUCAUGCGGCCACGGCCGAGGCCGGUGCCCUGCGUGCCGAGGCUGCUGUCAUGCGUAAGGAGGCGCUGGGGCUCCGCCAUGACCUGGGCAAGGAAGAGGUGGCCUUCCAGCAGAUGAAGCUCUUGGCCGACAGGGCUCGUGCCGCAGAGUCAGCCACACUUCGGUCGGCCCUCACGGAGGUGCGAGCAGAGGCUGCCAGAGGUGCAUCAAUCCUACAUCGAGCAGAAGAUGCAGAGAAGGAGCUGCGAAGGCUCAGGCUGGACCAGGCUCAGAAGGAGGCGCACCUAAAGGACCUCACAAGCCAGCUGUUUGAUGCAGAACGCCGUGCUACCGCAGCGGUAUCUGCUUCAACUAUCGCCAUGGGAGGUGGAGCACUUGGAGCCCUGGCCAUCUCAAACUUGGACACCAGAAGGGAGAGGGCCCCGUGGAGGGGCUUCGACCGAGGACCAGGCCAGGGGCCGGUCCCUUCAACACCAACACCCAGUGCGGGACAUGUGGGCGACGCAGACCCGGGUGCCAGUGGCCCAGGCAACGAUGGACUUGGUCUGCACAUGGCGUCGCUCGGACAUCCCAUCGUGGCCGAUGCCCGGUACAACCCGCACAAGGCUAAGGAUGACGCCGAGAUUUGUCCACGGCUCUUUCUUCACGCGUGCUACCUGCGCUGUACAUUGCUUGAAGUGGAUGCAGCGGAAUCCACGAAGGAGCAGCCGUUCGCAGUCGCCUGCCACUUGCCGCCAGAACUGCGCCGCGUUCUGCUGAGUCAGCUCCGCUUGGACAGGACGGCAAGUGCAAAGCUGCCCGAAUCUGCAAGGCUUCUUUGCGAGACGCUCCUCCAUCCAGAGGAGACUCAUGGCGUUCAGCACUCGAAACGUCCCCGAGAUAUGGAGGAGCUUCAUGAGAGUCGACUAACCCUGCGUCGGCGGGAUGAGUUCUUGCAUCGCUUCCGCUUCAACAGCAAAGAACGCAUGGAAAUCAUCCGCAUCUUGAGCCAGCUGAAGACCAGUAAGGAGCGAAGCGCAGCGCUUCAGCAAUUCCGAGUUCUGGGACAAAGAACACCAGAUUUCAUUGUGGGGCGAUUCGCAAAAUAUGUGGAAGGGCUGCUGCGUUGGCCCUGCACUGAGUUUUGCAGAGUUGCGCGGCUGACCGGGCUCUGUUCGUUCUGGAACCGAGCGAAGGAGCAACUGCAAGAAGGGCUCCGAAGAGGCCAACGAUUCCUGAGCGCCUCUCUUGCUUGCACGCUGCCUGCACGGGUGUACCGGUGUGCCGGUGCCACAGGAGGUUGCAGCAUCAGAGAGGCGCCCCCGAACUUGGCAUUCGCUGUCAGUUUGUCUCAGUGA